GAGAUGGGCGCUGCGAUGAACGAUGGAGCGGAAGGAGCGGAGCGGAGCGAGGAGAGCCGCCGGGCUCCAGCGAGGAGGGCGAUGCGGUGGGUUGCCCAUGGCCAGCAGACCUGAGCGAGAGAAACAGCACAGAGUGGAACAGCACCGCGCUGCCACCGCGCGCCCUGGACCCCCCUCACCCCCCACCAUGGCGGCACCUACCUGCACCCCUCUGCCCCCAGCCCCGCUGCCCUCCCAGCUGUGAGCACAAGGCUGUGAGUGGAUGUGAGGCUGCUCUCUGUGUUUUCAGUUUCUAGAGGCAGGGAGAGAAGCGCUGCGCUUCCUGUGGGCGCUGCUCACUGCCCCAGAGCAGCCCUCAGGACAAGGUGUCCUCCCCACACAACCCGCUAUGGGCAGCCCUAACGGGCAGGGCUGGGUGGGGAGGAUCCCACACCAGGAUUUCUGCCCCACAGACUCGAUUUACAAGCCCAUCACCCACACCGUGGCUGCAGCCCUGGUUCCUUACCUCAGUGUGCGGUGCAGCGAUGAUGAGAGCAGGUGCUGUGCCACGCGCCCUGAUUACUGCAUGGGCCGGUGGGGACCUGCGGGGGGGUGUGGGGUCAGAGCCCCUGGGCGGCUCACGGCCCUUCGGGGCAGCCCCACACGCCCUCCAGCCUUCACCUUAUUUGCCUCUGCUUGCUCUCACUGCCAGCAGCCGGUGCUUUGGAAGCCAUCCAGCGCUUCCUCGAGAUGCAGUCGAUGCCUCCACACCGGCACCGGCCGAGCAUCCCCUGUGCACCACGUCCCCCGUGGAGACCUCCCGCGUGGGGACACCAUGGGGCACGUGGUGCUGAACCAUCCCCCAUCACCCCGAAGCACCCCAGGGGUGGCUGUCCCCAUGUUGCUGGCUGGCUUUGCUCUUUGCUGCCUGCACCCCAUUGUGGGGCACAAAGGGUUGCCCACUGCGCCCCAUGGGUAUCAGGGAGCUUUUGGGGUUCUGUGCCCUGCAGGGUGGUGCUGGGGGCAGUCAGCCUGGAGGGGGACCUCAACCGCUCUGCUCAGGCGUUUGCAUAAAUUAUGGUAUCGCAUCUUCACGGCCGCACAGAGCUUGUCCUUGAAGGGCAGAGCACAGCUCUCAGGACUGGGAUCUGGGGUGCUGGGCACCCAGGGAGGAGCAUGGAUGGGUCCCUGUGGGGACAUGGGUGCAAGGCCUGGCCCUGGUGUGGGGCUCAGCGCUGGGGGAGGGAUGGGGAUGGCUGCAGCCCCUCUGCCCUGUGCCAGGGAAUGGAGAUGUGUGGCAGCGCCAGGCUGGGCCCCUCUGUGUCCUUAUGGUCCCCCGUGGGGCCUGAGAUUCAGCGCCCCAUUUGCACCAUUCCUACUCCCCCCAUACUGGCCCAUGGUGUGAGGUGGGAGAAGUGGUGGGCAGCACACGCCACUGUGGGGGGCUCUCAGGAGGGAAAUUUGCUCCCUGCCUCCCCUCUGCCCGUCACCAUACAGGGACCACGCACCCCAAAUCCCCCACGAAGGACACUCCACGCACUGAGCGCUGUGUGCAGCCGAUGCGGCGCUGGGGACAGCAGGGUCCCCCCCCAGCCACGCCCGCGGUGUCCCCAGGAUUAUUUCCGCACCAUCUCCACGCGCAUCCCUCCCAGCAGGGGCACCGCGGCACGA